AUGUCAACCGAUAAUGUGAGCGUUAUUGGUAAUGGCGGCCAAGGAGGUGUAUUCAGUAGUGGCCAACAUGAUUCUCGAGCAGAGGAACAAUGGAGUACUGUAAGAUCACAAAGUAAGAAACGUAAAUUUAGCAAAAACAGUGUAUCUGAGCAAAAUAUGAAUCUAGAAGAAUUUAAAAUGUUAUCGAUGGACGAUACAUUGAUUGCUCUUUUCUCUAAUAUGUCAUCAAAUAAUGAGUCCGUGCAAAACAUGAACAAUAAAAUAGAUCAAUGUGUUAACCUAGUUUCUAGAGUACAAGAGGUAGAGAUCCAGCUAUCGGACCAUGACAUGAGAUUGCUCUUGUUGGAGUACAAAUCUAUUGACUUAGAGGCGCGUAGCCGGCGUGGCAAUCUCAUUUUUGGGGGCAUUUCGGAGUCGAAAGGUGAGAACUGUCUUGAGACAAUUGCUAACUUUCUCUAUGACCAUCUUAGAAUUAACUCCGAACCCUGCAUGUCAAGAGCCCAUAGAAUGGGCAAAUUCAAACAGGGAUCUACGAGAUCAAUAAUUGUGAAUUUUAUAGACUCAAAGGACACGGAAUAUAUUAUUUCUCGUGCUCAUAUGCUUAAAGGCAAGGACUAUCACAUAAACCGAGAUUUCCCUCCUGAAAUUGAAAGUGCUCGUCGUAAAUUGUGGCCAAAAUUCAAAGAAGUGAAGCGUGACUUUCCCGAUAGUAAGGUAGCAAUAGUGUACCCCGCCAAGUUAAUUAUCGAUAGGCACCUGAUUGCCGAUAUAUUCCCUCAUUGGAACCGGAUUAUGCAGCGUGACCGCUUGACAAUAGGCAAACCGCAAUACUCGUCAUAUGAUCCAUACGCUGCACGUGCCGCCCGUGCUUUGCAGAACUCCCGCCCUGGGAAUGACACUGUUAUCAACACUGGAAGUAUUCCUCCGCGGAGUGAAACAAGUAGUGCAGGAAUCACUCCGCCUGACAACGAGUCGAGCGAAUCGCAGGGAUGUACCCGUGGAAAUACAUCGAGGUCACCACGACGUGGGAGACGGGAAUCUCGCUCACCCUAA